AUGUUUGGGGAGAAAAUAGAAGAUUAUGAAAUUUUAGAACAUCUUGGCAAGGGUGGAUUUGCACAUGUAUAUAGAGCAAGAUGCAGAAAAACAGGGUACUUUGUGGCUAUCAAGAUGAUAGACAAAGCUUUAAUGGCCAGAGCUGGUAUGAUAGAAAGAGUUAGACAAGAGGUCACAAUACACUCUCGCUUAAAACACCCAGCAAUCUUGGAAUUAUAUACAUUCUUUGAAGAUGCACAUUAUGUUUAUUUAGUUUUAGAAUUAGCACACAAUGGAGAACUAGCAAAGCACUUUAAAUUAGGCACUCGAGGCCUUUCUGAGAAAGCAGCUGCUGAUAUUUUUAGACAAGUUGUGAGUGGAGUACUAUAUCUACAUACUCAUAACAUUAUACAUAGGGACCUAUCACUUAACAACUUAUUAUUGACUAAGGAUUUAAAUGUGAAGAUUGCUGAUUUUGGUUUAGCUACUCAAUUAAAUGGGCCUGAUGAAAAGCAUGUUACAAUGUGUGGUACCCCAAAUUAUAUAUCACCUGAAGUUGCAUCUCGUGAAUGUCAUGGCCUACCAACAGAUGUAUGGGGCUUAGGAUGUAUGCUUUACACAUUGUUGGUUGGAAGUCCACCAUUUCAUACACAACAUGUUAAAACCACUCUCAACAAAGUCAUCAAUGCUGAUUACAAAAUUCCCUGCGAAUUGUCAUUUCAAGCUCAGGACAUCUUACAGAAAUUAUUGUGUAAAGAUCCAUCACAAAGAAUUACCUUAAAAGCUAUAAUGGAGCAUCCUUUUAUUAAUAAUGUUUUAAAUGUAACUGGAGCAUCAAAACAAGACCUAUCUAAAGACUCAGGAUUUCUGACUACUUUACACAGCACGCAGCACAGUAACAAAUUAAGUUCUACCAGGAGAAAUAAUUCUGAUUAUUUAAGUAAUAAUAUUAUAAACCAUUGUCAUUUGCCAUCAGAGAAUGCAAAUUAUAAUUACCAACUGGAGCCUAAACAAAAUGUGAAUAAUAUUAAUCACUUAGGCGAACAUACUGAUACUAAUUAUAUUUCUAGCGGUAGUGGGUCUUUUAGAAUAUUUCCUACAAACAACCAAAUUCACCCUCAGAGUGUUGAAAACUUUCAACCAAACCCUAACACUAAUAUUAGGAGCAUUACUGAAGACAUAAAAAGACUUGGUAUAAAUAAGAAACCUGAAGUAUUAGUGUUAAAUGAUGACAACAAGGAGAACCUACAAAAACAUUGUGUUAGUAAUUCAAACACUAUUGGGGUACCACCUUUAUGUGCUGACCGCUUACCGAUUAUAUCACACAAGACAAGAAAUGCUAUUCUCAAGAUAGAACCUACUGGAGUUAGUGUUGAAUUUAUUAAAAAAAAGGGCAGAGAUAGGGAAGAGAAAAUUGUAGAAAUCUGCAACAUAUCCAAAGAUGGUAUGAAAAUUAUAAUAUCUACACCGGACAAGGGAGUAGAAUCAUCAAAUAGAUCUGAACAAAAACCAGGUGAAAUUUUUUCCUACCACAAUUUACCUCAAAAACAUUGGAAAAAAUAUUUAUAUGCUGCCCGCUUUGUUGAUCUUGUUAAGGCUAAAACACCUAAAAUAACCUUAUAUUCAUCAUUGGCAAAAUGUCAGCUUAUGGAAAAUGGAACUGAUAUUGAAAUGUUUUUUUACAAUGGUGAAAAAAUUACAUACACUUCUGCUGAAGGGUUAAAAGUCAUUGAUAGACAAUUACGAACUCACAAUAAUGUUAAUACACCAGAUUCAAAGUAUUUGUACGACCAUUAUGAAGAAUGUUCAAACAGAAUGAAAAGAAUUGAAAGUGCUUUAUCUGGUAUUUCAGAUGAAUGUUAUCCUUUGAUUAUUGGCAAAAGACCAGUACAACAAUUAUCACACUUAGAUGCCGUAUUACCACAUAAUGUUCAUAAGAAUAUUAAUACUCCACUUUUGAAUUAUGGUUCUUUUCAUCGUGCUACCCCAUGUUCUAGUCAAGCCCAUAGUGAUAAACAAAAUUUUUAA